CGGAGCCGCGUUGGAGGUAGAUUGUCGCCGGCUGUUGUGUCGCGAUGGCUGACCCCCCCUCCCUCCUCCUCCUCCUCCUCCGCUGGACGGACGGACGAUGUGUUCAAUAACUUAUUGAGAAAUCUCUGCUCUAUAGUUGACCGGUGGUGUUUAUAAGGUGACGUGUGCGGUGCGAAUAAAUGACCUGAGGUAAAUGGCGUGCAUGGUUUAUUUGUUGCCUAGGUGGCGUUCACAGUCGAGAAGUCAUGUCCAGAUCGGGGGAUAGAACAUCCACCUUUGACCCAACGCACAGUGACACCCUGCUGCACGGGCUCAACCUCUUGUGGAGAAAACAGCUUUUCUGUGAUGUGACUCUCACUGCCCAGGGACAGCAGUUCCACUGCCACAGAGCGGUGUUGGCAUCCUGCUCACAGUAUUUCAGAUCUCUCUUCUCUUCCCAUAAUGUGAUCAGCAAUGAGGGAAGCAAGGGGGACCAGGGCAGCAGUGGGACCCCGUCCUCUUCUCCCGACGACAAGUUAAUGACCACCAGUGCCCGGCCCAUCAAUAAUCUGGUUCUCCAGGGCUGCUCCUCCAUAGGACUACGAUUAGUGCUGGAGUACCUGUAUACUGCCAAUGUUACUCUUUCCCUGGACACCGUGGAAGAGGUGCUUUCAGUCAGCAAGAUCCUCAACAUACCCCAGAUUACCAAGCUCAGCGUGCAGUUCCUCAAUGACCAGAUCUCUGUGCAGAACUACAAGCAGAUCUGCAAGAUCGCUGCACUGCACGGACUGGACGAAACGAAGAAGCUGGCCAACAAGUACCUGGUGGAGGACGUGCUGCUGCUGAACUUUGAGGAGAUGUGUGCCAUGUUAGACGCUCUGCCUCCCCCGGUAGAGUCAGAGCUGGCUCUCUUCCAGAUGUCAGUCCUCUGGUUGGAGCAUGACCGGGAGACUCGCAUGCACUAUGCUCCGGACCUCAUGAAGAGGCUGCGCUUUGCCCUCAUACCUGCCCCAGAGCUGGUGGAGAGGGUACAGUCUGUUGACUUUAUGAGGAGUGACCCUGUGUGCCAGAAACUGCUACUGGACGCCAUGAACUACCACCUGAUGCCCUUCAGGCAACACUGUAGGCAGACCAUGGCUAGCAGAAUCCGUUCAAAUAAGAGAAUGCUGUUACUGGUGGGUGGUUUGCCUCCUGGACCCGAUCGCCUCCCCAGCAAUUUGGUCCAGUACUAUGACGACGAGAAAAAGACAUGGAAGAUUCUCACAAUAAUGCCUUACAACAGCGCUCAUCACUGUGUGGUGGAAGUGGAGAACUUUCUGCUGCUGCUGGGCGGAGAGGACCAGUGGAACCCCAACGGAAAGCACAGCACUAACUUCGUCAGCCGCUAUGAUCCCAGAUUCAACAGCUGGAUUCAGCUGCCCCCCAUGCAGGAAAGGAGAGCCAGUUUCUUCGCCUGCCGCCUGGAUAAGCACCUGUACGUGAUUGGUGGUAGGAAUGAGGCGGGUUACCUCUCCAGCGUGGAGUCCUACAACCUGGAGACGAAUGAGUGGAACUAUGUGUCAUCUCUGCCUCAGCCUCUGGCCGCCCAUGCCGGAGCAGUGCACAAUGGCAAGAUCUACAUAUCAGGAGGAGUGCACAAUGGAGAGUAUGUGUCCUGGCUCUACUGCUAUGACCCCGUAAUGGAUGUGUGGGCUAGAAAACAGGACAUGAACACAAAGCGAGCCAUUCAUGCCCUGGCAGGGAUGAACGAUCGGCUGUACGCAAUUGGGGGAAACCAUUUGAAAGGAUUUUCCCAUCUAGACGUAAUGUUAGUUGAGUGUUACGACCCGAAAGCUGACCAGUGGAACAUCCUGCAGACACCCAUACUGGAGGGCCGCAGUGGUCCGGGCUGUGCAGUUUUGGAUGACAGCAUCUUCCUAGUGGGUGGAUACAGCUGGAGCAUGGGUGCCUACAAGUCUUCAACCAUCUGCUACAGCCCAGAGAAAGGAACAUGGACAGAGUUGGAGGGAGAGGUGGCCGAGCCUUUGGCGGGCCCAGCCUGUUCCACCGUCAUUCUGCCGGCCUGUCUUCCUUUUAACAAAUGACAACUAAUCCAACCGAUGGGGGGUGAGGCUGAUGAGCAGCAGAGUGACUGGGGGGAGGAGCAUCAAUGAAAAAAAGACUUGGCAACAAUUUUUGUGGCAAACCCUCUAGUCGUAUGUGGGGGUUGUGUAUAAAUUAUUUUUUUACAGGUUUGACCAGAGCACUUUCGUUAUUCUCUACUGAAGGAUUGGGGAAAAAAAAAAACAUUAUGUAACUUAUGUAUUUAAACUCAUCUGUGUUCUGAGAAAUGGUUGCUUCCAUAUUUGAUUUGAACAGAUAGUGGGUGUUUUUGGCUUCUCUUCUAUAGCACGCAUAGUGUUUGCUGAAUUAUAGCUUUCAGAUCCAUUGUAACUUGUAUUCAGUAGCUGCAUAAUUUCAGCAAAAUACAGUGUUGUUUCACCACCUGACAUUGACCAAUUGAGUUUUAUGAAGAAUGGGAAUGGUGAUUUGCAUAAAGUGUGAUGAUCGGAAUGUAUAAAUAUUCAUCAGCUAAUACUCAUUGUUCUCUGACUGGAUUGUUUAAUUACGCAAUGAUUUUGUUGUCCAUUUAUGAAAAUAGCAUAUUCGGGCAUCUAAAACUGGGAAGCUGAAAUAGAAUGGAUAAGAUAUUCUUUAUCUAAACUUUGAAGCAGUUAUCCAAGGAGUUGAGGUUUCAGCAAGCAAACACUACAAAGAUGGCAAGACUGCACAGCAAUCAGCGAGCCCAAAUUCAAACUUAUUAUCUUAAUAGUGGAAAUUCAGACUGAUUUUUACCAGUUAUCUGUUUCGGACAUGAAUAUUUCCAAAUCUGUGAGGCAAAUAAUCUAAGACACAAGCAAGAUCAUUUAAAAAAAUGACCAUUGCUUCUUGAUAUUUAUAUGAGGCACUAAUAUGAAGGUACAAUCAAAUUGUAACUGCUUGCCAAUGUAUUUUAGGUUGGCAUGUUUUUUUUAUUUUUAUGUGAAGGACAUUUGUGUAGUUUGUUUUCCUGUACGAAGUUCAUGUGAAUAGGCCUGUUUAUGAGGCCACAUGAUUUUAAUCUUUAAUGUAUGAAAAACAAACGAGCAUACAGUUGUCUUUAAUGCACUAUUUGUGAACUUUUCAUUCAGAAAGGUUCACUGAAAUGUAAAUCUAAUUAAUGUGCUGUGUUAAAAUGAUAUCUCCAGUGCAAAUGAAUCCAGUCUUGUCUACGUUAUUAGGUUCAAUAACUUGACUCUAAAUAUCGAUGCUGUUGAAUUCUGUACAAAGUUGUUGAUUUCAUUCUUGUACAUAAUCGCCUGCAGUGAAACAUUUUUGUGCACUCAACCUUGGAUUUAUUCUCAAAUCCUGUUAUGUCAUUUGCAUUUUAGAAAAAGAAAAUAAAAUU